GAAAGCGUGAGUCCUAACCACUGGACCACCAGGGAAUUCCCACUUGCCUAUUUACCAUCUGAAGAAUGGCAGUAAAACAGUCCCUGCCUCCACAGGUCAUGGUGAAACACCUGGCACUGUAAAUGCUCAACAAAUGCAGACUUUCCUCAAUGUCCUAGACAGAAACAGGAGUCCUCUGGGCCCCUGCCAGGCUGGCCUGGAAGGAACAUGCAGGAAGGGACCUUGUCUAACCUGGAGCUGGGCCAUCUGUGGUGAAGACCCAGCGGGGGUGCUGGGAAGCUAGGCACUCAGGAAAGGGCCCUGUACAGAGGAGUGGGGUCAUGUCGGUCUGUCCACCCACGUGGCUACGGCAAAGGCUGAGCCCAGUGUCCACCUGCCCUGCUGACUCCUGACUACUUGUGAGUGGCCGUGGGGGACUCAGCCCCUUGACCCCGCCUCCUGAUGGGGACCUGGUGGAUGGUCUCCAUCUCGGACCCUGGUCUUGCGGUGAGAGUGGGUGGGGUGGGGUGGAAGGUGGGCAAGGUGGAGGGAGGUGAGUGCUCCAGCCUUGCGCGCGUGGACCAGAGGGAGGGGUGUAGGCUCGGUCCCGCCCCGCGCGUCCCCGCCGCGGCCGGCGCGCACUCCCGGAAGGCGGCGACGGCAGCGGCAGCACUGGCAGCAUCGGCAGCAGCCCCGGGCGGCCUCGGGUGGGGUCGGCCCGACGGACAGAAGGACAGAGGGCGCCGGGGACACGCGGCCCGCCCGGGCUGGCCAUGGAGGGAGCCUCGUUCGGCGCGGGACGCGCAGGGGCCACCCUGGACCCUGUGAGCUUCGCGCGGCGGCCCCAGACCCUGCUGCGGAUCGCGUCCUGGGUGUUCUCCAUCGCCGUCUUCGGGCCCAUAGUCAACGAGGGCUACGUGAACGCCGACAGCGGCCCGGAGCUGCGCUGCGUCUUCAACGGCAACGCGGGUGCCUGCCGCUUCGGCGUCGCGCUCGGCCUUGGGGCCUUCUUCGCCUGCGCCGCGUUCCUGCUGCUCGACGUGCGCUUCCAGCAGAUCAGCAGCGUCCGCGACCGUCGCCGCGCGGUGCUGCUGGACCUGGGCUUCUCAGGGCUCUGGUCCUUCCUGUGGUUCGUGGGCUUUUGUUUCCUCACCAACCAGUGGCAGCGCACGGCGCCCGGGCCGGGCACGACGCAGGCGGCAGACGCGGCGCGGGCCGCCAUUGCCUUCAGCUUCUUCUCCAUCCUCAGCUGGGCGGCGCUUACCGUGAAGGCCCUGCAGCGGUUCCGUCUGGGCACCGACAUGUCGCUCUUUGCCACCGAACAGCUGGGUGCUGGGGCGGGCCAGACCUACCCAGGCUACCCAGUGGGCAGCGGUGUGGAGGGCACCGAGACCUACCAGAGCCCGCCCUUCACCGAGACUCUGGACACCAGCCCCAAAGGGUACCAGGUUCCUGCCUACUAGUGGCCAGCAGGCCCAGACCAAGGCACAAAGGCUGCCCCACCAAUGCAGGAUCCAAGGCUUCCUGGGACCUCCCUCAGGUCCUCCUGGCCCAGCAGCAACGUGUGGAUGCUGUGGGCCAUCUGGGGCCAAGAGAGGGUAGCCUCCAGGGUGCCUGGGCUGUUCCCCCCAAGUUCCUCCAGUCCCUUUAGUCCCCAGCCCAGGGCCAGAGGUCCUGAGGAGAGAACAGCACAGCCCUGGGCACGUGUCCUUCAGCCUCCAGUGGACCAGCCUAGGCAGCGGGCCAUUCCCCUCAUGAGCCAGCCAGGCAGGGCUCACCUGUACACUCUGGUGUCAGGGGUCCAGCUGCCCUCCAUAGCCAGAUGCAGGGGCUGCCCUGGACUGGGGGUGACUGGGGGAAGGGACACCACCCUCACCCCGUGGCCACUGUUCCCCAUCCCCUGUCCCUGUGGGUAGUGGUGGUCCUUGCUCUGUCCUGGUGGUUCACCCUGUAGGGCCAUGUGCUCUGUCUGGAGCCUCCCUCCAUUUCCUCUUACAGGCUCACUAGAGUAGCCCAGCCCUGUCGAUGUUGUGAUUGUGGUCAAGUCUUCAGGUUUCACCUCGUAGUUCCCCACAAGCAGCCCCUCUUUUCUGUGGCCCCAGCUCCGGCCCUUACCUGCCUUGGCCCAGGCCCUUGCUGGGGUGCGGGCAGCUCUGGCCAGGAAAGCACAACAUGGCUGUAGGCCUGGGCAUCAGCCCUCUCCCAGCCCUUCAGUAAGACCUUGCCCAAGGGAGGCUCCAGACAUCUGGGUGCCCAGCAGGACACACCCCUCACGAGGAGAGAGGCCUAGAGGCUUCACCUUCCCACCGUGCCCUGGAGACAGCCAUUCCCCGCAAACCCCUUUACCUCGGCUCCCUGGACUAGUCCCUCAGCUCCCCACACUGCACCCCAUUUUAAGGCCCAGCCCAAGGUUGGGGGUCCCUUUGCAUAGCUGAGUACUCAUGCAUUGCUCAAAGCUGGCUUUUCACAUUAAGUCAAUACCAAAUGUGGUUGCCACAUUACAUUUUUACAGACAGUCGCCUCCCUCUGGAGUUGCAGUUGAGUGACAACCCUGUACAUUGUAGCAUAGACCAAUUAUUUGUGGAUAUUAAAGUGAACAUGUUUACAAUUUUUGUAUAUAUGAGUCUCUCCCUCCUUCUUCUGAAAGAACAAUCUGUGAUUGUGUAUUUUCAGUGUCCCAUGUUCCAACUGCAGCUUCUUUACAAUAAAGACUGUAAAUGAG